CAGCCGGCAUUCAGACGGUAGCUAAGCAGAAAUGACAGUGUCUUGUCACUUUAGUUCAACACGGGCAUCGGAAACCACUCUUGACUACCAAGAAAACUGAGUGAGACAGCAGAUGAAUUAUUGGCUUCUCACGAAGGUUCAGUAGCGCAAUGAAUCGUCAAACCUAACGAAUCUCAGCACAAGACGGUGAGCAUGGAGAACAUCACAAGUGUGAUCGAGUUAUUAAACAAUUCAAUGAACCAGCCUGAAGAAAUGAAGAGGAUGCCUCAGAAUCCACUCGACUAUCAGGUAGUCACUAUACUUCUAGCCCUGUUGAUCUGUGGAGUGGGGAUAGCGGGAAACGUCAUGGUUGUGCUGGUGGUGCUUAAGACCAAGCACAUGAGAACUCCCACCAACUGCUACCUGGUGAGCCUGGCUAUCGCAGACCUGAUUGUCCUUUUGGCGGCGGGUCUGCCCAAUAUCACAGAGAGCGUGGCCGCCUCCUGGGUUUAUGGAUACGUUGGCUGCCUUUUCAUCACAUAUCUGCAAUACCUGGGCAUCAACGCGUCCUCGUGUUCCAUCACUGCGUUUACCAUCGAGCGCUACAUUGCAAUUUGCCACCCCAUCAAGGCUCAGUUUAUCUGCACCGUGUCCAGAGCCAAGAAAAUAAUCGCAUUUGUAUGGGCCUUCACAUCUGUGUACUGUGUAAUGUGGUUCUUUUUACUGGACAUCAAGCAGAUUCAACACGUUAAUGGCAUCCAGGUGGUUUGUGACUAUAAAGUGUCCAGAAACCAUUACUUGCCCAUUUACUUUCUGGACUUCACUAUAUUCUAUGUGAUUCCUUUAUUCGUGGCCACAGUUCUUUAUGGGCUCAUUGCUCGGAUACUGUUCCUGAAUCCGAUCCCCAGCACACCGCAGGAUACAGCCAAUAACUCCAUUCACAAGGGACGCAGCAAUGCCUCCAAGAUGUCCUGUCGCCGUAACAAGGGCACGCAAUCUUCAAGAAAGCAGGUCACUAAAAUGUUGGCAGUGGUGGUUAUCCUUUUUGCCCUUCUCUGGAUGCCUUACAGAACCUUGGUGGUUGUCAACUCUUUCAUGAAUACACCCUACUUGAACACCUGGUUUCUGUUGUUCUGCAGGAUGAGCAUUUAUCUGAACAGCGCCAUCAACCCUGUCAUUUACAAUCUAAUGUCUCAGAAAUUUCGUGCUGCCUUCAAAAAACUUUGCAAAUGCAAACAGGCACGGGCAGAGAAACCUUCUGCCUAUAGCGUGCCUGUUUACUACAGUGUAAUGAAAGAUAUGUCACAUGAAAGUCCUGAUCAUGAUCUAACAGAGCAAGAGGAUAUUAAUGGCUACCCAAUUUCUAACAAGAAGUUAAAUUUUGAUAAUACCUGUUGUGAUACUAACACGUCUAGUAUUGCCUGAAGCAGUAGUGAGCAUCUUAUAAAAUUUGUAAGAGAAAGUUAAAUACCUACUUGCCAAGCGUAUGGUUUCUGAUCCAUUAUUCGGUAUUGCUUAUGCACUAUAAAAAAUAUAAUUCCUUGACAGUUUUAAAGUAAAACACAUUAAAGGAUUUUUCAGAGAGUUAUGUUUUUCAAUUUCAGGCACCACUUAUGUUUUAAAUUAUAAUAAAUAAAAACUGUGAUUUUGUGUCUGGAAAUUAAAGCUGUCAUUAAAGUAAAUUAGCUGGAUGAGUGCAAAAGAUAAUUUGUAGCAAAAUUGUAAACUUGAUUUAAGCACUACUUGAGUUUACACUUGAGCUACCAAUAACAGAGGACAUUUUCAGUACUCUUUACCAGCACACCGUUUGUUAGCAGUCGAGUCUCUGAAACAUGUAUAUUAUCUUAGCAAUUCUGAUAUAAGGAUUCAGCUUCUUAUCACCAGAACAUGUUGAUUUACCACAUCAUUGGAUUAAGAACAAGAAAAUGUCCAGAAAUCUUCUGAAGCUCUGCCAUUUUAAAUAUUUGUUUUGGAGAGCAGCAGCUGCUCUUACAGGGACAAAUAUAACACCGCAAUAGCUAUAUUACUAUGUAUCUUCUCUGAGUGAUAACAGAAACGUUAAAACUGGGUAAUUCCAGGGUAGAUCGCCUGAAAUAAGUAGACAGAUAAUUUCUGAAACAUUUUUGGAUCCUUAUUUCUGGUAGCUUUAUGACAAUCAUAAAGAAAAUAAAGUGCCAUUUCUUUGUGUGACUAAAUGAUUAAUAAAUGACAGUAUUUUUCAAUAGUUACAUUUUUUGCUCAACAUAAGCCAAGAACUUUACAUUAUUUAAAUUAAAAUAAAAGUAAAAGUAACAGUACAAAAAUGUGAUCAAACAUAUUGGUUUAACAUUUUUUUUCUAUUGCACCCAGACUUCGAAGUUCAAUCCUAGUAAUUCACAAAAUGACUUUCUGUUGUGGUUUUUUAAAAGAAUUAUGCUGAUGUGUGUAAUUUGCUAAUGUUUAUUUAGAAAUGUCCUCAAGCAAAUGUUGCAGCUCUGCAUAUUUAUUAGGACUAGGACUUUGAGAGAAUAUCACAAUGCACUUUCUGUGACUGUUAAUAUUAAGUAAACAUACUAUAAGUUAAUUUAUUGAACUUGUUAUUAAUUAUUGUCAUUCCUUUGUCAGCACUGUGCAUAGUAUGCAAUUGUGUUUAAAAUGCUAGUGAAUCACAACAAAAUAUUCCUACAGCUUUUAAGUAGUUUCUGUGAAUUUGGUUGAGGCUAGAAUGCCAGUUAACAAGCUUCAUAGCCAUGUCUGCAAUUAUUUAUGCUGGCAGUGUAAACCAGAAAUUGUAGUUUGGGAGUCUUAGAUAAGUUUAUUUGUAAAGUAUGCUGAUUUAAUGUAUAUUUCAAUAGAACAUAUUUCCACUGGAACAGAUUUGUGAUCUUUUAUUUAUAUAUAGUACAAAUAAAAUGAUUCCAUAAGUUGUUGUAUAUGUAUGAAUUGUAAAGUUAUAAGGCUGUAUGUAAUGUUCUGUGAAUGUUCUUGUACUUAAGUAUUUGCCCAUUAAAGUGAUAAUUAUGAUGCCCAUAUCUCUGAUUGAUAUCAGAAAA